AUGGCUACAGAAAACGGAGCAGUUGAGCUGGGAAUCCAGAGCCUGUCAGCAGAACAGACACCUAAAGGUGCUGCAGGCGAUGGAACUCCAGCUUCAGAGAAAGACCCCAGCCCCCCAGCCACAGAGAAAGACCCGGGCCCCUCUAACACGAAGAAAGGCCCUGGUACUCCACACCCAAAGAAAGGUCCAGAUCCACCCUCCCUGAAGAAAGAUGCCAAAGCCCCUGCUCCAGAGGAAAAGGGUGACCUGGCUCUAGCCUCAGCCAGUGGCCAGGGCCCUUCAGGAGAGCGGGACGGGGACAGGGGUCCUGCUGAAGGCAGUGUGGGGCCUCCUGCAGCCUUGCCCCAGCCCUCUGCCACCCCUGAGGCCAGCGUCCAGAAUCAGGAUGCCAAGCAAGCACUCUCGGGCAAGCAGGGACCUGGAGAGCCCAAGGCGGGCGGGAAGGCAGCGGAGUGUCGAGAAGCGGGACGAAGAGGCUCACCUGCCUUUCUCCACAGCCCUAGCUGCCCUGCCGUCAUCUCAUGCUCUGAGAAGACACAGAUUGAGAAGCCCCUAAGCGAGACAACAGAACUCAUCUUCACAGGGGUGUCUGUGACCCCCAACUCCCAAGAUCCUGGGCCAGCCAAGGCAGAAGGCGGGACAAACACCCUGGAAGAGAACCAGACGGCAGAGGCAGAGAAAGCCCCAGGCCAGGCUGGCCAGGCUAAGGUGCAAGGGGACACCUCCCAGAGGAUCGAGUUCCAGGCUGUUCCCUCAGAGAGAGCGGAGGUGGGGCAGGCCCUCUGUCUCACUGCCAGGGAGGAAGACUGCUUCCAAAUUCUGGAUGACUGCCCGCCACCCCCGGCCCCCUUCCCACACAGGAUCGUGGAGCUGAGGACCGGAAAUGUCAGCAGUGAAUUCAGCAUGAACUCAAAGGAGUCCCUGGGAGGUGGGAAGUUUGGAGCUGUGUGCACCUGCACAGAGAAAGCCACGGGCCUCAAGCUGGCAGCCAAAGUCAUCAAGAAACAGACUCCCAAGGAUAAGGAAAUGGUGAUGCUGGAGAUCGAGGUCAUGAACCAGCUGAACCACCGCAAUCUGAUCCAGCUGUACUCAGCCAUUGAGACCUCACAUGAGAUCAUCCUGUUCAUGGAGUACAUCGAGGGCGGCGAGCUUUUUGAGAGGAUCGUGGAUGAGGACUACCAGCUGACCGAGGUGGAUACCAUGGUGUUCGUCAGGCAAAUCUGUGAUGGGAUCCUCUUCAUGCACAAGAUGAGAGUCCUGCACCUGGACCUCAAGCCAGAGAACAUCCUGUGUGUGAAUACCACUGGCCACUUGGUGAAGAUAAUUGACUUCGGGCUAGCACGGAGGUACAACCCCAACGAAAAACUGAAGGUGAAUUUUGGGACUCCGGAGUUCCUGUCGCCCGAGGUGGUGAAUUAUGACCAGAUCUCUGACAAGACUGACAUGUGGAGCCUGGGGGUGAUCACCUACAUGCUGCUGAGUGGUCUCUCCCCCUUCCUGGGAGAUGAUGACACAGAGACCCUAAACAAUGUCCUGUCUGCGAACUGGUACUUUGAUGAGGAGACCUUUGAGGCUGUGUCGGACGAGGCCAAAGAUUUUGUUUCCAAUCUCAUCAUGAAGGACCAGAGCGCCCGAAUGAGUGCGGAACAGUGCCUGGCCCACCCCUGGCUCAACAACCUGGCAGAGAAAGCCAAACGCUGCAACCGCCGUCUGAAGUCCCAGAUCCUGCUUAAGAAAUACCUUAUGAAGAGGCGCUGGAAGAAAAACUUCAUCGCUGUCAGCGCAGCCAAUCGCUUCAAGAAGAUCAGUAGCUCAGGGGCACUGAUGGCUCUGGGGGUCUGAGCCCCAGGAGCAGCUAAGCCUGGACGCAGCUGCACAGUGGUCAAGGCUGAAGCCACACAGCUCAGAAGGCCAGAGAGAGCCAGCCAGAUCUCUAGAGGAGGCUGGUCAGAGCAAAGCUGCACCAGGCCGGGAGGCUUGAGGCUCCCCAGGCCCUCGUUCAAUAUCUCUUCUCCUCUGUGAACGUGGAGUGUGGCCUGGAAUCCAUUGUGCUACCGUCUCCUCAGACAGGGCCGUGGCCCAUCAGCCCCACCCAGACUCCAAGGACGUCCAGGCCGUUCCCCAGCCUCUCCCUAGCUCCCUCCUUUGAACUGCUGCCCUGUAGCCUCUGCUUUGCCCCACCUGGGGCACCCUUGCCUGGAGUGGGAUGGCUGGGGGGUCCAGCAGGUGGGCUGCUGUGGUGGUGGAUGGGAAGCUUCUAGAAGGGUAAGAAUGCAGCCCAGCUGCUAGGGGAGGACAGAGUAGGCUUUGUGUGAGAGGACCUCCAUGCCCUGCCUCAGACACCCAACAGGUCAUCUGGCCUCCUGGCCCCCACCCACUGUUUUUGUGACCACCAACACACAGGAACUCCACGAGAGAAAGC